AAUCGGAUUUGCUCGGAAUGUUUAAAUGCUUGUCACUGGCAAGCGAUAAAUGAUACGCUGACGCUGUUAACGUCGCCAAUUAAUCAAGCUGCUUUCGUGGCUGCACGACUUACAAAUGGAUUCCCUAUGGACGGUACGCACUCGCGAACAAUUCCGGCAGGAUUUUCCUCAAUGGUUGAUUAAUGUGCGCAAACCUGUGGAGCUCUUGAUGCUGCAACCGUCUUAUAUCAUCAGUCAAGUGUUUUGCAUCGUUGGCGCACUUUUGUGCUUAGGCCACGCAUUAUACCGGCGUGGACGAUGGCCGUUUCUGUGGCUAGGCAGUGUUCUCAGUGGAAUGUUGAUCGAAGGUAGUUUGUACUUUUCGCCGUACGGUGAAACAAUCUGGUUCAGCCCAACCGCGAUUGAUCUGUUUGGCCAAAGGAUACCCAUCUUUAUAUUUUUCGUAUAUCCAUUUUUCUACUAUCAAGCCUUUUGGGCGGUUUCAAAGCUGCGGCUUAAGUGUCGCUGGUCUGAGCACAUCGCCGUCGGGAUGCUGGUAGUGCUGUUUGAUAUGCCCUUCGACAUGAUAAGCAUCAAGUUUCUACACUGGACACUGCACGAAACAGAACCGAUGCUAAACGAAAGGAUCUACUCCGUCCCCUGGACACUGUUACUGUUCUUUGCCAUUACUACGUUUACAUUUUCUUACUUUUUUCACAAUCUACGCACAUGGAUGGACCAUUCAACGCAUAACCGUUGGGCAUCUGGACCGAUUCGGACGGAACUGGCGGUAUCGGUGGGGGCCGCCAGUCUUUCACUAUCUGUCGGAUCGGCUUUGUUCCUGGGAAUCAAUUAUUCGCUACACACCAUACUCGGCAUUCCGCACAGCAUCGUCGUCGCCGGUGUGUUCAUUUCCGUAUUGACCAUCUUCUGGAAGUUUGAUCGAAAAAGCAAUCGAAGUUCCUCGCCCAGCCAAACGUUUAUGGAUCACAUACUGAACGGAUACAUUGUGGGACACUUUCUACUUUACCUGGGACUGGCGAUAGCUCUCAAUCCCCUACACUCCGUGUCGCCUGGGAGACAUCAACCGAUGGGCAAUUGUUACAAUAAUACUUCCUCAAGCACAGAACUCUGUUUAGAAACGUUAAAUACGAGUUAUUAUGAUUUUCAUUGCGUCUCAAAACCACCGAACGAUGGAGCAUAUUGGUAUACGAUUUGUGGCACAUCGCACGAGAAUCGACCAGAGUUCUUGUAUGUAAUGAUUGUAAUCACGCUCGUUGCCUCACUUGUAUAUUGGACGAUUCAUUAUGAUUUGCCUGUUCGUCAAAGUGCAGCUACUAAAGGAACCAGCAAAAAACUGUUAUAAUGAUAAGGCUAAAGUACCUGAAUGGGGAGAUCAUAAAUACUCGAAAAGUAUCUUAUCAAUUCCAUCAAACUUUUCAAGAAAUUGUUUGAAGUUAUUAACCACCUGUACACAAGGGGCUUAGUACUUGCCUGUGUAAAAUAAAUCAAACAGAUCAAACACAGGUAUAAUGGUAUAGAAUAUUAUAUUUAUGAUAUGACUUUCUUCAUGUCUAGUGCAUCGAUAGUGAAUCGACGCAAUUGUGAUUGAAAUCUUGGAAAAAU